AUGACCUCUGAGCUGGAGAGUAGCCUGACCUCGAUGGACUGGCUUCCCCAGCUCAGCAUGAGGGCGGCCAUCCAGAAGACUGAUGCAGGCCACCACCACGGCCACCACCAUGGACACCACCACCAUGGUCACCAUCAUGGUCAUGGGCCUGGCAAGAAAAUUACCCAUCUGGACCCAGGAACAACACUGGACCAGGAAGAAGCUGCACAACACAGAGACGGUAAACCGCCGUACAGUUACGCCAGCCUCAUCACCUUCGCAAUCAAUGGCUCACCACGCAAACGGAUGACCCUCAGUGAGAUCUACCAGUGGAUCUGUGACAACUUCCCCUACUACCGAGAAGCAGGCAGCGGCUGGAAGAAUUCUAUACGACACAACUUGUCCUUGAACAAGUGUUUUCUCAAAGUGCCUCGCUCCAAAGACGACCCUGGAAAAGGUUCCUACUGGGCCAUAGACACCAACCCUAAAGAGGACACAGUACCCAGCAGGCCAAAGAAGAGGCCGCGCUCUGGAGAAAGGGCGUCUACCCCUUAUAGUCUGGAGUCAGAGUCUCUGAGGAUGGACUGCAUCAUGUCUGGAGGGGUGUCUCCCACUCUGGCCAUCAAUGCUGUAACCAACAAGGUAGCGCUGUACGGCCCAGAGGCAGAAGGCAGUGAGAGUCCUGGGAGUCUGGGCGGCAGCCUGAGCAACAGUCUUUCAGAGCAGAGCUUGGCGUCCGUCAACCUUAACAACCUGAACACCGCCGUCAGCAGCGGCAGCAACGUGCACAGCUACACACCAGUGAGUAGCCACUCAGAGCCUUCGUCCCAGUCCCUGAGCCUCCAGCAGCCCACCCAGCCUCCUCCACCUCCCCCUCCUCCCCCACAACCCCAAUAUGGUUUGCCUGUCCCAGAGUCUCGGGACAAGCAGCUCCUUUUCUCUGACUUCGAAGACCUCAGCGCUUCAUUCCGCAGCCUUUACAAGUGCGUCUUUGAGCAGUCGUUCUCACAGCAAGGCUUAAUGGGUAUGCCCGGGGACUCCAGCCAGCAGAACCGGACCGCCUGCUCCUACCAGCAUUCUCCUGGUGCAGGAGGAGGGAGCCACCACCAACUCAACCACAUCCCGGCAUCACAUCACCCCCACCACCCUCAGCAGCACCUCUCCCCUCACUCCGCCCAUGGCCAGCACCAGGCACACGGUCAACAUGGCCAGCACCAACAGCACCCUGUUCAUUCCCAGCAGCACCCAUCUCUCUCACACCAGAGUCACACUGGACAGACCCCAGGCAUGUCAUCAGACUGGUACCCCAACCUGGACUGGCUGAAGGAGAGCUGCCGCAUCGCAACCAGUUACAACUGGGCUGACGUAGACCUCUCCCCAUUUCAAGGCCUAAAGGAGAGCAUGCGGCAGGCUGAGCUCAACAACUGGACGUUGGAUGCUGCCCAGAUGGCUGACCUGUGUUCCUCCAUCAACCAGUUCUUUACAGCCACAGGGGUCAUCCCCCCUCAGGGCGCUGCCCACACGCAACCUCAGGUCCAACACCCAACACCACCAGAGGCACCGCAACACCCAGCUCAGCCUCACGGGGCCAUGCACCCAAAGGCCAGCCAGCACAGUCAGCACGGGCAACUUAACCAACAUAAUCAACACAUUAGUACGGGGAACAUGUACAUGGACUCGAGACAGAACAUUUCUUCUCUGAUGGGCCCACCAGGGUACCCCCACAUGCCUCCCAUGAGCAACACGACUCCCACCAUGACAGCUCAUCACAGCCAGCUGAGCCAGCAGCAGCAACACACGCUGCCUCCAGGACACUUCCAGGUGAGACGCAUGCUUGCUGCAGAUGACAUCCAGGACGACUUUGACUGGGACUCCAUCGUCUAA